UCAUUGCGCCUAUUCUCUUCUCAUAUUCCAUUGCUUUAUAUAAGCACGCUUCCCCUUCUCUGUCUUCACACGCCCUUCCUCUCUCAGUCUCUCUCCACAAGUUCAUCUCCAGCUAUUUUCAGCCCAUGCUUUAUAGGAAAAUGCGCAAGGAGUGUGGUGGUGGAAUCCGCCACGGCAGUCCCCGUUAAAGUUGUCCGAGCUGUCGAGCACCGGCUAUAAAAAGAAACAUAUCCCAGCGCAGUGCCUGGGCAUAUAGCUGUUGGCGUUGCCCCUUCAUAGAUCAAGUAGGAAGGUAUAAGGUCUAUUUUCGGAUCCUGGGAAAAUAUAAUCGAUUGCAAAGCUGGCUGAACUGACGGAUCUGCAGUGAUUUUGUGCCUGCCGAUUCUACCCGUUUUCGAUGUCGGUGGGAGAAGUGCUACUUUCUAUUUUUCGAACCAUCGGUAUAUAUAUGUUUUCCUUCGCUACACGAAGCCCCCUCCCUCUCUUGUACCAUAACCGACGACACACUGCAUGGGCGAUCCGCCACAGUCGAUUUCUAGAAUCUGGAUAAUAACCUAUCAGACUCCUGGGCAAGAUCUAUGGUAUGGAGCCUUUGAUGCCCCUCCUAAAUGAUGCAACAAUUUAAAGUUAUUGGCUCCUGACGUUUCGUGCUCCAUGGUUCGGCUUUUCUCACCUUUCGACCGAUGUUUACUAAUGCUCCGUUAUCCUUUGGCAGGGAAUCAACUACAUAACUGGACAUAGCAGGAAUGAAUACAUCGAUGCUAUAAGAAAGUGACAGAUAACCAAGCAAGGCUGAUCAAUGCAUAAUUUAUAUUGAAGGAGAUACAAUGGAAAAGCUAAGAGGGCGUGUAAAAUUCACUGUGAACCUUCGUGGAAUCAGUGCGAUGUCAUGACAUAUGCUGUCGAAAGAUCACUCGAGACUUUCAUACACGAAUCACGUUGCGGCAGGACUUACAUCGCAGCCAAAGACAAGACAUUCUUGAAGAUAUUGACAUUACCAAGGUCAGGGAACGAUAGCGUUUCGUCAUGCCCGUGUCGACGAACUACCGUUUGAUCACGCCUAGCACGACGGACGAAAACCUGCCGAGGAUGGCCGACCCUCACUCGGCAGGGGAGGGCACGUGCGACACCCUUUGCGCCCGGGAACGCAGCAAGCAGAUUGACCGCUAUCUUAAGAGGGAGAACACCCGCUUCAAACAUUACAUGAGGAAAACUAUGAGGCUCCUGCUUGUAGGUGCCGGCGAAUCUGGUAAAAGCACUAUUGUCAAACAGAUGAAGAUCCUUCACAAAGGAGGAUAUAUCGAAAGUGAAAGACGGGAAUUCAUCCAAAUCAUCUUGGAAAAUGUCCGAGAAUCUAUUAUGAGCUUGGUCGAAGCCAUGCCCCGUCUCCAACCGCCUGUGGAGGUAAAAGACCCGGAAGUAAUACCGUCGUUUGAGUUCAUCCGGUCAUGUGACCCUCAGUGUGAAGUGUCGUCUGAGUUCCUUAGAAAUACACAAAGGUUAUGGAAAGAUGACGGGCUACAGAAUUGCUUAUCGAGGGCUAACGAGUUCCAACUCUUAGACAGUGCCAAUUAUUUUCUAGACAAAAUUGAAGAAAUCAUGGAACCGGAUUUCAUCCCCUCAGAUCAGGACAUAGUCAGGACAAGAAAGAUGACAACGGGAGUAGUGGAAACGUGGUUUGACAUCAAUAACGUCACAUUUCACAUGUUAGAUGUUGGCGGACAGAGAGACGAGCGGAAAAAGUGGAUUCAAUGUUUUUCAGAUAUAACUGCCUUAAUCUUCGUGGUUGCCUGUAGUGGGUUUGAUCUUUCACUUCGAGAAGACGACUCCAAGAACAGACUAGCAGAAUCUCUUUCCCUCUACGAAAGAUUAUGGAAGAACAGGUUUUUGAAAGAAACGUCUGUCAUCGUCUUCUUGAAUAAACAAGAUAUCUUAGCAGACAAGAUCCGGAGUGGAAGAACGAAAAUGAGUCACUACUUUCCCGAAUAUGACGAAUAUACACCCCCACCCACGAUCGAGCCCGCAGAAGAGCAGUGUUGCUGUUUUGUGACGCAGUCCAUGCAGGAGAGACAGAGGAGAAAAGAAUCAGCUUUUCCUGAACUAGGCAUGAUUCAAAGUCGUGAGUUCUUCAAAGCCAAAAGCUUCAUUAAAGAUAAAUUCACAGAAUUAAGUACGGUUCAAAACACAGCCAUCAAGUUCCGGAAGUGUUGUUAUCCCCACUACACAUGCGCAGUGGAUACCGAGAAUAUCAAGAAAGUCUUCCAUUACUGCGAGGACAUUAUCCAAAGAGAAAAUCUCAAGAAAUAUGAAUUGCUUUAGCAGCAGAAUUCGCGAUGGACUGGGCACGGUAAGUGGCUCAGUGGGCGAACGUACGUCUCAUGAACAGUAGUAGGUUUUGGGUUCGAUCCCAGGCCGAGUCAUACCAAAGACUUUAAAAAUAGGACCUUCUGCCUUCAUGUCAGGCGUGUGGGAACGGAGAAGGAUGAUAAUAUUAUGAUAUGCAGGGCCUGAUGGGAACUGUUAAGAAUUAAUCAAUUUUGAUGAUGCAGUCACUAACAUCAUCUAAACCUGUACCAGGAGCCCCGUUGCUUAAAAGCUAGGAGCGAGUUUCCGCAAUGGCAAAAGGGACGGAUUCCAAAACAUAGUAAAUCUAUUGAAAAACGCCCGUCAAAUCACAAUGAAUAGCUGAGAGGUCUUUGCCAAAAAUUCGUGAUCCGGGAAAGCUGAUCUUCAUAAAAUCCUAAGCUGACGGAAAAUUGCAAAUAUGCCGUUUGUUCAGUCACGAACGACGCUGUUGUUUUGAUUCACAGAUUUUCGACAAAGACUACUUUGUCAUAAAGGGCUUUUGACAAUAGAUUAUCUACGUUCCAGAAAGCGUCUGAUUAGUGUUGCGAAAACUACCUAUCAUAGUAACUUUGUCGUCGAACAGUAACGGCCAUGUUUACAAUGCAAACAGCCAAUAAGAAUCCAGGAUUUCAGGGACGAAAGUACCACGAUACGUUUGGACGGUACAAUGUUAACCAUGAUAGUAAUGCAACUGGCCCCUGGUCGAACAAAACGAUUGUGAUUUACCGAAUGACUUAUUUUCUUUCUGUUUAACGUUGUUUCAUCGCCGUGUCUGCGGUACAUCAGCGGACAGACAACCCGCUUUGACGGCAAAAGAACGCUACGCAGAAGCAGCAACACGUCGUUGGGCUUCAUUGGCAAGAGUUUGCUGAACGUAAAAACGCAGAGAGAACUAUCCACUUUCACAGCAAGGAAAUUCUCUGUCGAUUUUUCAGGACAUGAAACUGCAAAUGCGUGAAAUAAAUCAACUCAAGCUGCAAAUUUGGAGACAUAAAAAACAUCCAAAAUCUACUAAAAAUCAACACAUUAAAUUAUAAAAAUAAAAGGAACUUGUAAUUUCGGUGAAAGUUGAACAUUCAUUUUCUAACAGUA